GCAAGAGAAAAUAAAUAAAGCCAUGCAAAUAGUUUAGCAGCAGUAGAAUAAAUACCCUAGCCCAUAUAAACACUUGUGCCCUGCAGUCUGUGCCGUCGUCGCCUCCCACCGCCGCUCUCUCACCUCCUGCCCUUGAAGCGAGACGAGAAACCAGUCAGACCAGUCCAGACCAGACCAGAAAUGGCAGCCAACCGGACCAGGACGACGCUUGAAGAAAAUGACGAAGUUCAUUCAUCAGAUUUGGGGUUGUCUCCGGAUCACGGGGGCAGUGUCCCGAAGAGACAUGCCCGGGUUACCGUGAAGUACAACAGGAAGGAGCUGCAGAGGCGGCUGGACGUGGAGAAGUGGAUCGAUGAGAGCCUGGACCGGCUCUACUCGGGUCAGGAAAGUGACAUGCCAGAGGAGGUAAACAUUGAUGACUUGAUUGACCUGCCUAAUGAUGAGGAGCGAAUCAAAAAGUUACAGGAACUUCUUCAAAAGUGCAGUCACAACACGGAGGCCUUCAUCAGAGAGCUGGUGACAAAGCUGGAGGGAGUUCACAAGCAGGAAGAACUGCAGAGCGAAGGCAUCGAGCAUCCGGUCAUCUGCCACAGCCAUUACCGCCACGAGCCCUACCAUUUCAACAGCCAACACCAACCCCAACACUUGCAGCACACCCGAGGCCAAAACCAGACCCUCUGACAACCCCCUAACCGAGACACACGCUCACACACACACACACACUGUCAUGACAUGGAAACAAAAAUGUCUUGGAAAGAAAUAUCUACCAUAACACUAAAGCUUUUUUGCUAAAAGUUAGAUGAAUAGAUCCAUACCAGUCUUAUAUCAGUACACUAAAUAUGAAAAUACAGCCAGGGGGCAAUUUACCUAGCUUAGCAUAAAGACUGGAUACACUGAAAAACAACUAGCAUGGCUCUGCGCAAGGGUAACAAAAUGUAACAAAAACCCCUCUAAAUGAACACGUAAUUAACAUCUUGUGAACAAGACCGCAGGACGUCACUGCAACUGGCAAGAAAUAGGCCAGCACAUAGCCUGCCAUAUAACCACAACAUGUCAUUUUUACACUUUAGUUUUUAUAACGAUUAAACAAGCUCAGCAAGCUGCAAACAAGACAUGUUAACUAGGUAGCUUUAGAGGUGCUGGUAGGCAGAUUUUAUCAUUUUUGGACAGGCUGGUUUUUCCUGCUUUCAGUUUUUAUGCUAAGCUUAGCUAAUGGCCAUUGGUGGUAGCCUUAUACUUAAAGGUCCAGUGUGUAAUGUUUAGGAGGAUCUAUUGACACUUUCCAUUAGUGUAUGUGAAUAUAUGAAUCGUUAUGUUUUUGUUACCUUAGAAUGAGAUGGUUUUAUCUACACGGGUCUGCCAUGUUGAACUGCCAUGUUUCUACAGUAGCCCAGUCAAACCACUCUAGAUAGCUCUAGAUAGGGAGUUUGUGUUUCUGCAUGUUGGUUCAGGUUGGUUGCAAUCUGCAUCUACACCAUUAGAUGCCACUAAAUCCCACAGACUAGUCCUGUAACAGACAGAUAUGAGAGCUGUAUCAGUCUUCUCGUCUAACUCUCUGCAAGACAGCAAUUUUUUUCCCACAUUUUCCCCACAUUUCCCAAAAUCAAACUAUUCUAUUAACCACUUGUUGAAAAAAACAGCUGUUUGUGACAUAUCUCGUGGGUGGAUAAUUGGCCAUGGAUAAGACAUUAAACAGAACUACAUUUUCAACUCAAAAGCUUAUCUAAGAGCAAGGGCUUCACUCAAGAUCCCAUUCAACACAAAUAGUCAUUCAGUCAGUAAUCAUACAGGAAGAAAUACAUCAUCUAAAUAUAAAUUUACCCACUAGCAGUAUCCCCAAAGGACCUGUAAUUUGCAGCACCAAAACAUGUGACUUUCCCUUUUACUCGACUGAAAAAAUGUGUCACUACCUUGCUCUUACAAGUAUUAUUACUCUCCAUGUACACAUAGUUAGAUGCAACAGUUUCUGGCACUGUAUCAGAUGAAAGGAGGAUCAUCAAAGAAUAGAAUAUACAGCUCUUAAUUUCAAAAUAACAUCCUGCUAUGCAUUCAACACCACUGGCUGAUCCACCAAGGGUGGAUUUUACACUGCAACCAUCACUAUCUGAGUGUAACACUGAAUUGUACUGUGGCACAGUUACAGUACGUUCCACUGUACACAUUAGCAUUUUAACUGCACCACUUUUUAGAUGACACCACUAGAUUAGAUGCACAUAUGACUUAUUUAACAUCUGUUAAAUUGUGAUGUUCAUGAAUGUUAUUUAUUGUCACGAUUACCGGAAACAUAGUAGUAUGAUGUAACACUGGAAAUAAUCCUGUUGCAUUGCUUACACUCUGUAGCUUUUUAAUAUUUCACUGUCAUAUCCUCUGUUUUUGAGAUGUAUUGUUACUACAUUUAUUUUUUUUUAUUUGCAAAGAGACACCAGUCCUUUUCAGAAGUUGCUAAUAAAAUUAUUUCUUUCAAUGUGGGUUAAUGUUUAAUGAUAUUUACUAUAUUAUGUAAUGUUUUUCCAGGCAAGAAAUAUGAAAUACAACUUCAUUAGGUACUCCUGUACAAGUUCAUGUCAUCCAGUAUAAUAGCUCAGACAAAAAUCAUAUCUUUAUAGCUUCUACUCUUCAGUUUUGUUGACACUGAGCAAUGAUAAUUCUUGGUUUUUUAUGCUGUUUUUAGUGAUGGAUUGUGGACUGUCAUAUUGAAUUUUCAUAUUGUCUUUUUUAUCAAAGUUUUUUUUUUUAUCAAUAUUGUUUUGUAUCUUAAAACAGAGUGGAACUUGGAUCACUCUGUUCAAUUCAAUUUUAUUUAUUUGGUGGCAAAUCAUAACAGAGGUAAUUUCAUACAGAGCAGGCCUAGACCAAAGGUGGCAGUAGCAAGGAAAAACGUCCUCGAACAGACCCUGUGUCUAGGUGGGUAACUAUAUGCUCCGACCGGUUGGGUUUAGAGAGAGGGACAUAGAAGCUCAUUAUCAUAUCUCCUUCUGGUAUGUUACAGUCACAUCAACGAAGCACCAUCCCCCUUCAUAUAGUUAUAGUAUAGUUCCAAUGUUUGUUUACAACUUUUGCCAGAACGACGCAAGAACACAAAUCACUACAUACACAUACACACUCCACCCUUCCCACCCUGGAGAAAACCCAAGUAGUUGCUCACACUUCUUAUCUGUACCGGGAUAAAUCUUUUAAGAAAUGUUCUUAAGAACAUUCCAAAACUUUGACUUAAUCAAUAUUAAGUCAAUAAAUUCUUAGUAAAUAGUAGGACAUUAACUUUUCCUGAAGUUACUUUUAGCUUAUUUACACACUUUACUAACUUGUGUGACUCCCUAAAAUACAUAUAAAGGUCAGGUUAGACCUCAGCUUUGGCUAGGAAUUUAUAAAAGCCCAGGCACAUAACACAUGAUGAGACAACUUUUUUUUAAGUAACAUCUUAAAAUGUAAAGGAAUUCCAUGAUCUGUUAUGGUCUAAUUUUAGACUAAGUGAUAUGCUUCAGUUCAAUGAAAAAAUAAAUGUUUGUCUGAAGAUUU